CAGAAUGAAGUCACGGGAACCUGUAACUUUCAAAACGUCAUUUUCUCACCGUUCAUUCUCUCUCAUCAUUUCUUUUGUCCUGGAGUACUCCGUAAUACCAUAAAACUCGUACUCCAUAUUGUAAUUUCUAGAAAUUGGAAAAAUGGAGGGGGAAUUGCAAUCUUUUGAGUUGAAUACAGCAGCCAAAAUCCCUUCAAUUGGGCUGGGCACUUACGCAACUCCUCCACAAAUUGUUGCUGCUGCCGUCAAGUUGGGUUAUCGGCACAUUGAUUGUGCGCAUAUCUAUGGAAAUGAGAAGCAGAUAGGAGUUGUUUUGAAGGAGUUGUUUGAAGAUGGCAUAGUGAAGCGAGAAGAAUUAUUUAUCACCUCCAAACUCUAUAACUUUGAUCAUGAUCCAGAAGAUGUUCCCAAGGCACUUGAUAGAACUUUGAGUGACCUUCAACUUGACUACGUGGACCUAUAUCUUAUCCACUGGCCAGUAAAGGAGAAAAAAGGAUUGAGUGGUGAUAAUCCUGAGAGAUAUCUUCCCACAGACAUACCUAGUACAUGGAAAGCAAUGGAGGCACUUUGUGAUUCAGGUAGGGUUCGAGCAAUAGGAGUUAGCAAUUUCUCUGUGAAGAAACUAGAAGACCUUCUGAAAGUUGCUCGUGUUCCUCCUGCUGUAAACCAAGUGGAAUGUCAUCCUAUGUGGCAACAAGCAAAGCUGCAUGAAUUUUGUAGAUCAAACAACAUUCAUCUAUCUGGAUAUUCACCAUUGGGUUCCCAAUCUUCUGAAGCAAACAAAACACGGCUUCUUGCCGAUCCUAUUCUCAACAUGGUUGCAGAGGAACUAGGAAAAUCUGCUGCACAAGUAACUCUUCGUUGGGGGAUUCAAAUGGGGCAUAGUGUGUUGCCUAAAACCUCAAAUGAAACAAGGUUGAAGGAGAAUUUGGAUGUUUUUAACUGGUCAAUACCAGCAAAUUUACUCGCCAAAAUUUCUGAGAUUAAGCAGGAAAAGUUGGUUAAAGGCAAAGAUUUGGUGCACGAGGCAUCUGCUGGGUAUAAAACUCUUGAAGAAUUAUGGGAUGAGCAAGUCUAAGCUCUAAUUUAAAAAGUAUUUCAUGGAUUUUAUUUCGCUCAAUAGUCUCUCUCUAAUAUUGUACUCUGAAAAUAAACUGUCUCAUUUUUAUACUCCUAGUAUUUUAAUGUUCUGUACUACUAACAUACAAGUACCUGAGUAUAAAAUUUGAGAUUAAUAAUCAAGAAAGGGCAUAAUAUCAGGUUAUCUUAAUCA